CUUUGCGUUCCUCUGGUUUGAAUCUUUGAUCAUGGGCUGUCUGUACGUUUUCUCUCUGCGAGGCUGUUAAAGAAGUGUCUGUUUCAUGACCAAGAAGAUUAGCAGUACCGAGGAGCGAGAGCAUAUCUAUUACUUUAGCUCCCUCUCAGCCAAUCAGGAAAAGAAAAGUGUCUGUGCCACUGCUGCGAGGCUGAGAACAUUUCACGGCCUUAUCGUCCUGCCUGGCUCUUCGGCGCCUCACAAGUUCUUUCUUGUUUUCCUUGCUCUUUCGUUGCGCGAGUGUUGAUUGAUCUCUCUCCCUGUUGAUGGAAGCUUGGUAAAAUUCUUACAGGGAAGAAUGGAGCGGUCGUACCUGUGGUUGUUGCUGCUUUUGAUCUGCGUUGCGCUCUUUGUGGUCAAGGUGGAUUCACAGGGGCCAGCAGCAGCUCCUCCAUCCGGGGACGAUGAUGACGACGACGAUCCUUUCCAGGAAAGUUGGGUGUGGUGCGUGGAAGACGAAGACGAGCUUGACUUGUGCAAGAGGAUGAACACCAUCCUUGACGGCAUUGAUCCUGAAAGAGAACACCAGCACAGCUGCGUUGCUGGCGAAGGCGAUGCCGAGAGCUGCAUGAGGAAGAUCGCGACUGGCGGCGCAAAGAUUGGCAUCUUUGACGGUGGCGAGAUCCUCCAGGCAUCCCAGCAGUAUGGACUCCUCCCCAUCCGGACUGAGGUAAAUCAACUCGAGAGCAGCAGAUACUACGGCGUUGGAAUCGUGAAAGCCGACAGCUGCCCGAGGAAGCUAUCAGAUCUACGCGGCAAAAAGUCCUGCCACACCGGCUACGGAAGAUCGGCAGGCUGGGUUCUCCCCGUCACAUACUUCAUCCACAACAAAAUCAUGCCUUUGGUCAGCAAGGAUCCACAGAUCACCAACGACAUCGAGUCCGUGAGAUCCUUCUUCUCCACAUCGUGCGCUGCGAGCAACGAUCCCAGGAAGAGCAUUUGCAGCGGCUGUAAGAUCAAGUCUGGAUGCUCGGAGGACGACGACUACUACGACUACUCUGGAGCGUUCCGUUGCUUGGUGGAGGGCGGCGGAGACAUCGCCUUCACGAAGCACACCAUCCCGAGCCUCUAUGCAAAGGGCGGCGACUUAGAACAAAACUGGACCAAUCUCCAAGACACCGGAUCUUACCAGCUCGUGUGCCCGACUCCACUCGAUGGAAAGCCCUGCGCCAGCAUCUCCAGCUACAGAUCCUGCAACUUCGGCACCGCGCCCGGCCACACCAUCAUGGUGGCCGGGAACUUCUCCAAGAAAGAGAUCCAGGAGUUCAACGACGUCAUGGACAAGGCCAACAACAACGAGACAUUCAAGAACCUCUUCAGCGGCGAGAACCUCCUGGCCAACGAGUUCGCCGCGGGCGCCUCCUCGUCCGUCGCCUCCAACAAGACCGCCGAGGAUCUCCUCGGCAGCCUCUACAGCAACACGCUGGAGCUGCGCAGCAUCAACGAGGCGGGGGAUUCGGCGUCGGCGACCUCCGGCGCCGAUCCUCCGCUGGCGCCGCGCCUCAUCGCCGCCAUUCUCCUCCUUGCCGCGACCGCUAUCGCGCGAUCGAUCUAGCGAUAAGAACCCUAAAAGAAAGUCUCGCAUUUGGGGAAAAGGGACAUUCUACGAAUAUUCGAAAUUCAAAUGCGACUGUAAAGAAAGUCUUAAAUACCAAGAAUAUUCCAGGUA